GCAGAAAUCAAAAUUUAGCAUGGACACCACCCAUAUUGCGAGAAAUUGCCAUAAAAUUAUAUUUGGGAACAAAACCAAAACGAACAUUGCCAGAAGUCAAAAAUAGCAAAAACAUAUAUGAGAGUCAUAUGCGUUUUGGCUGUUAAUCUUGCAUUUUUGAACGGAAAUUCAAAACUUGGACGACGAUAGCAAAAGGUGAUUGCAAAUUUGACGAUAAUAAACGUCACAUUUGAUAAAAAAAAAUUCACGAAACAUAAAAAAAUAGAAAACGACAAGUGAGUGCGUGACAUGUUGGAUGUGGAUAAAAUAUGACGUUUUAGUCAAUAAAAAACAUGUCAAGACCAAAUUUAUCAGAUUUAGAAGUUUUUCGUGAGUUUGCCUUUGAAAACGACGGCGAAACUGGCACCGAUGAUGUGACAGAUGAAUUCAGAAAUAUUAAAGUACCAUUACAGUUGGAGUACGCCAUGUUACACUUUGUUUUGCAAUCAAGUCGUAUAUUUUUCAUUGACCAAGUCGAAAUGUGGGAAAAUUUUUUCAACUCGAAUGAAGAAAAUUCCUUGAUUUACAGAGAUUUCGUGGCGAAGGAUUUGUGUGAACAUUUUCAGUACUCAAUGUUGCCCUACAUUUUCGAUUACGAAAUAACAAGAGCGCAAGAAAGCAUGCUCAACUUCUUGGAUAUGAAUGAGGACUUUGAACGUGUAAGUACCGGUUUCAAGCGUUUGGAGCCAAAUUUGCGUUCUGCUCACAAGAAAAUGGCGAAACCAAAUAAAAAUUUUUAUAUAGCAAAUAAUAACGCUUCCGUCCAAAAUAUUAUAAAAAAACGAACGCAAAAUGGCAAUCAUGCAUCUUGCAGUGAACCUAAAAGGUUGAAAUUGGAUACAGAAAAGUUGAAGCGCAAUAUUCGUACCAUUGUUGUACCGCCUUCUCUUAAAAAGAGUGGCGCGGCAAAUAGUUUUGACUUUUCUAAGGAAAACAUUGCCCUCUUGUCAGCAGCAUUUUCCAGUGAGGAUGAGUUAGCAACGCAGUCGCUGCUUACCACGGAACAAUUACGUGAUCGUAUGCGUAAGGCAAAAGAGGCCUUUGAGAAAACUGGGCGUUUACCAGAGAAUCUACUCAACGAGGACGAAUUAGUAUUGAAAAUUGAACGAUGGAAAAGGGUACAAGAUUCCAUGGUAAAUGUAACGUCCAAAAAUUUGUUGCAAAAAUAAAUGUAAUAGCAUUAAUGCAUAUCUGUAA